AUGUGUUCAUGUUGUAAUUACAUACUGGCACUAAUAUUGCCACCAUUGGCCGUACUAAUACACGUAGGGUGCACAUGUACCCUAUUGUUGAACGUGGUGCUCACUUUAUUUGGUUGGCUGCCGGGCGUUAUACACGCCUAUUGUGUACUGUGCAGUCCGGAGCACGAAGAGAGGCGCGACUACCCGGUGACCAGUAUUGUUAUAAACGAGGCCAUACCACAGGGCAAUACCACCAUUAUACAACAAGAUCGUCCAUAUUUCCUACCUGGUCAGCCAACCCCAGGACAGUAUUACCAGCCAGAGCCCUUCCCGGAGCCGUUUCACCCUCAACCUGAUCGCGGUUAUUAUAAUACACAGAUGUAUAUUCCUGAUGAUUAA